AUGCCAACACUGUGCAACAGGGUCGGUGACGAUUCUGACCGACAACUUGCACGUUUUCUAAAUCGCAUGCCAAAGAACACACUACAAUAUUUUGAGAAUAUUGGAGAAUGCGGCGUUGGUACCGAAACUUGCCAGGCACUAAACACGCAUGGAGCGUCUUUGAAGUUCUUAGCACUUGCAAUUCCGGACAAAGGAAUCGAAGGACUAGGGAUGAUGCAAGACUGUACAGUGAUUGAGACGCUCAAACUGACCGACACGCAAGCACCGCACGAUCUCAAGGAAAUGCAGAAAGAUACCCUGGACGCUAUGGUAGAGUGGCUGAAGCAGUGCACAAAACUGCGUGAAGUCACUUUGAUUGAUUUCAUUUCUGCUCCAGACAUUCUAGCACCAGUGUUAAGCGAGGAGGGUAUUGACCUAGAGGACUUGCAGAUUGGUGCAAAAGAUGACUGCAUGUACGCACUACGAGAGCAUCAAGAAUUUCAUGCGGCCAUCGGAUUGCAGACGAGACUCCAGAGUCUGCUGCUGAAGGCCGAUCCUGACCCUCUAGAACCUGUUGCCCGCAAUCAGCUUUGCGAAUCUCUGUGCGAGUUGAGAGAUUUGCGAUACCUCCAGCUUACUCGAUCAUCUGAUUAUUUCCAAGAUGAUCAGCUGCAGCUUCUCGGAGAAAACCUGCUGAACCUGGAGGAACUCCUUGUUAGUGGUUGGCUGUUGAGUGAUCGAACGCUGACCACACUGUCCAACCUGGGAAACUUGAAGAGUGUAUCCUUCACUGGUUUAUCGGUCUUCACGGCGGAUGGUCUUCUAGAUUUCAUUGAUAAGCUUGGCCCAGGCAACCGCGGUCUGGCCAUCUCGAUCGAUAUGGCUUCACUAGACGCAGCUUUGAGCAGCGAGGAGCAGGACCUGAUUCGUGAUACUCUAGCCACCAAGGUGCAAGGUCGUUUCGAGUACCAGCUUGUCAGAGGUAAGCCAGCUUCGUCCUCAUAA